GAGCUGGCAAUCCCGGUUGGCUUGCCCAAGUCAGUCAAAAUGUCUAUCAAACGCGGGCAGGAGACACGCGUCGUAGAUUCGUAUACUGCCCCAUAGGAUUGGCUUGUUCAUUAACAGGGAGCCACCACAACCAUAAGGCUUAGGUCUCCUUUUACCUUUUUCCUUGUCUUACUCCCCAAGAAGCCCUUUUCCCGUUCCACUCCUAUCGCAAACGGUUCACGUUCAGAGAUUUCGUUUGUACUGGAUCUGCCGAUUAACGACAAGAUCCCCUUGUUCCGUCGUGCACUUACGACCCUGCCAUAGAAAACCACCUGGGGAGUGAUUGCCUUCUGCCCUUACCACGACCAGAUCUCAGGAUUCGACAUAAAACGUCGGCACCAAGAGGAUAAAAAGCUUAUCAUAUUCUUAACCUACCAGCACACACCCACCCUCUUACUUCUUCCCAUCAUCGAUUGUUCUUAUCCCAUGGCUAUCGAUCUCACAACCAACGCACCACCAUCGACCAAGGCCAGAAGUAUCACUGCUGCUGCGCAGGUCCCAUCACCAUCCGAAUAUUCCGACUCCGACGACGGAGAGUUCAUGCUCCCUGACCUCGUUUCCCAUUGCAAUUUCCCCCUCGUGUAUCACAGUAACGGCGAUGCAGUCGCCGCGGAGUCUGUCAAAUGGCUGGACGAAAACUGCCCAAUCCUCAACGAUAAAAGGAGAGAAGCGCUCUAUGGCUUGCAAGCCGGAGAGUUAACUGCAUACUGCUACAACACUGCUGCAGACGAUAGGCUUCGCGUCGUUUCUGAUUUCAUGAACUAUCUAUUCCACCUGGAUAACAUCAGUGAUGGAAUGAUGACUAGCGAUACGGAAGUGCUAGCCGAUUCUGUCAUGAACGCUCUCUGGUUCCCAGAGUUCUACAAACCGACACUUUCGCUUGACAAAGAGCAACCCGAGGAAGAAAUCAAUGCCGGAAAGCUUGCUAGAGAUUUCUGGGGACGUUGCAUCCGCGACGCAGGACCUGGCUGUCAAGCGCGGUUCAAGGAAACCCUCGAACUUUUCUUCAGGGCUGUCAACAUUCAAGCUGACGCUCGUGAUUCGGACAUGGUUCCAGACCUCGAGUCGUACAUUGACAUCCGAAGAGACACUUCCGGCUGCAAACCCUGCUGGGCGCUCAUCGAAUAUGCACUUGAUAUCGAUCUCCCUGAGUUUGUCGCCGCAGACCCUGUCAUCGUCGCUUUGAAUCAAUACACGAAUGAUCUCGUUACCUGGUCAAACGACAUAUUUUCGUACAAUGUAGAACAAGCACGAGGCGAUAAGCACAACAUGGUCGUCAUACUGAUGCAUCACCACGGCCAUACCCUUCAAAGUGCGGUGAAUGCUGUUGGGACAAUGUGUCGAGAGACGAUUGACAACUUUACUGAGACGAGGAAGAGUAUUCCUUCGUGGAAUUCGGAGGUUGAUGAGAUGGUGGAACGUUAUGUCCGAGGUCUACAGGAUUGGAUUGUUGGGUCCCUUCACUGGAGCUUCCAGACAACUCGUUAUUUCGGAACUGAGGGUCAGACCAUUAAGCACGGCCGAGUUGUUAAGCUUCUUCCCGUCGGAGAGCACGCCGACUGGUAACAUGGUCACGGUGUUGUAUUACGCGCCCCCGCACCCCAAGAUUAACUUUCGUUUAGUUUGUAUCUAUAUGUUCAACACCCUCCGUUCGACCAUCUCUGCGCCCCUCACUAUCUUCCCUUUUUUUGCCGGAAUUCCUGGCUAGUAUAUUCUAUUCCAUCCUUCGAUUUCCUACAAGUAGU